AUGGAGACAAGAAAAAACGCGCACCGUUUGAACCGCAUCUUUCGUAAGCCCAAAGUGAUGGUGGCGCCCCGCAGUUGGCGAGAAGAGGGCGACGAAAACCACCUGCACGGCGGCGUGCCACUCGCGCUGCUGAAUGCGAUGGUGCAGGAGCUCACGGACGAGGACAAGACCCUUGCAGCAGCCCAACAGGACCCGCCUUCUGUUCUGCAGGAGGAACUCGCCAAGCGUGCGGCCCGCUUUGGGCUCCCCGUUGAUGUUCCCAACAGCACUGCCGCGGGCGCGGCGGACGGUAACGCGGCGCUGCAGAAACGUAUGGAGCGUUUUGGCUCGACGAAGACGAUGCCGGCCCUGGUCGUAGACGAAUUGACGCUCAAAGCCCGCGAGGCCCGCUUCAAAACACAGGAGGGAUCCGCGAUGGAUGAGGCAAUGCAGAAGCGACUCGCGCGGUUUGGAGCCGCCCCUGCGCCGGUGGAGCUGAAGCUGUCGGAGGCCGACCGCGAGGCGAUGGCACGACGCGAGAGCCGCUUUGCUUCCUGCUGA